AUGCAGCGUCGAGCUCCCCAAAGGGAAAUCAGACGUGGCGGCGCACACUCGCGCCAAGGUGUCGGCGCGCUCGUUUGUGGCGGUCGGUUGGCCAUCCGCCGCCGCAACCGGCAAACUGGCGGGGCGCGGGGCGUAGACUGCGUCGGCGAGGCCGCAGCUUGCCGCCUCCCCCGGCACCGGCCGGGAGCACCGCUCCUUCCAGCGAGCAACCGCGACAUUGCGGAGACGCGUUCGUCGCUGCUGUGCGAGGCGGCGAAGCAGCAAGUUCCUGCGCCGCUCCAAGGCGGUCAGUUUCGGCGUCCAGAACGGUGGCCGCUCUGUCUUCCGGGGGCCGGGGGGGGCGCCGAUCCCCGCCUGGAGAAGUGCGGGGGCGGCGCCGUAGAGGCGUUGGCGCCAAACCAAAAUGCCGAAAAAUUUUUGAAAAAAGCACCCGCACUCGUUCACAGCAAACUGCGUCUCAAAGAGAACACGCAACGCAACUUGCCCCUCCUUCAACCGCUUCACCGGAGGGGUCCGCUUCUUACGCUCGAGACCGCCGGCAUUCCACCGAGCGACCCGCAGAACAGGACCCUGAUUCAAUUCCGCGUCUCCGCGCACAGCCGGAGAAACCGCCAGUGA